AAGCCAAUCCAUUACAAAUCACUCCAGUGGAGUGCACCCUUGAAGAGCUAUGGAAGAAGAAGACAAUAAUAUUGACAAAGAGGAACAGAUUAAUGACAGAUUUAAUUUAAGUAGAAAGAUAUUUGUUGGAAACAUAAGUUACAGGGUGACACAAAAGAGAUUGACAAAGUUUUUCUCCAAGUUUGGUACCGUGGAUUACUGUUACAUGGUAAAAGACCAUAUACAUAAACGACCUAAAGGAAUAGCAUUUGUAACAUUUAGUUCUACAAAAGAUCUUACAGUUGCAUUGAAUGCAACAGAAGAACAGUUAACUUUGGAUGGAAGGUUAAUGAGAGUUUUAUGUGCUGAAGAGUCGAGUAGAGUAAAACACAAGGAAGGAACAGUCUGGGAUAGUCCAUCUCUAACAGACAAUGUUGAAAAAUUGGUCAUAGGUGAUGAUUUUGCAGAUCACAACGAUAAAGAAACUUCAGUAUGUCUCUCUGAAUGUCAUAUAAAUAAACUUUGUGAUGAUACUCUUAUAUUGAUCAUGUCUAUGUUACCAUGGAGACAAAGAAUGUGUUUAGAAAGAGUAUGUAAAAAAUGGCUGAUUUUAGCACAGAGGUCCUGGCAUAAACAAGGCUCCAUACAUUUUCAGUCUAUGUUCAAAAGAUUUGAUGGUUUAACAGAUACCAAAUUGUGUUCAGUCUUAGUAAGAUGUGGAGUUUAUUUAAGAACACUGGAUAUGUCAGCAUCACCUAGACUUCUCACAGACAUGUCCAUGGAUGUUAUAGCUGAACAUUGUCUAAACCUGGAGGUAGUAGAUUUAUCUGGAAUGUCAAUAACUGAUAUAUCUCUGAGAACACUGGCACAGAAGUGUAUAAAGUUAAAGUCAGUUUGUCUACAGAGAUGUUUUCAUGUCAGUGAUAAAGGACUUCAAUGGUUGUUUGAGAAUUGUAAGCAGAUAGAAAAUGUCAAUUUACAGGGAAACAAUAAUAUCUCUGGUAAUUGUUUUCAGAGGAUUGGUGACAACUGUAAAGUGUUAAAAAUAACAGACUGCAGCAAGUUGACAGACACUGGAGUUAUGAAAAUAUGUCGUCAUUGUAAACAGCUGAGAGAAUUAUCAAUCAGUAAUUGUCAAUUACUCACAGAUAAAAGUUUGGAGAAAAUUUCUGAGAGUUUGACAAACAUCACCACCAUCUACAUAGAAAAGACAUUUGUCAAUGUAUCUAGAGAGGGACUGAUGAAGAUUUCUAAACUUUCUAAAUUGAGAGAUGUACACAUGUCACAGAAUUUAGUAGUAAAUGAUGACUUACUAUCAGCCAUAGCCAUAGGGUGUCCAUUUCUAGAAACAUUAGAUAUCAGCAGUUGUCAUAGAGAUGUGACAGGAGUAGGCGUGAAGGCAUUGGGAUUCUGUUCUAGUCUUACAACAUUAGAUAUUAGUUAUCUAUACAAGGUAGAUGACGAAAGUAUACAAGUGUUAUCUAGAAAUGGUAGACUGAGAUCUCUGACAGCCAGAGCCUGUUCUGGACUGACAGACAGUGCAUUUGAAGAUCUUGCAUGUCUUUGUCCUAACUUGGAGUCAUUGGAUGUCAGUGGGUGUCUGGAUAUUACUAAUCAUACAGUCACUUCAUUUCUUGAGUCACCAGUUUCUGAUCAGGAUAAGAAAUUAAUGCUUUGUAUUGGAGGUACAAGUGUAGUAGAAGAAGAUCUUGAUUUGAAUCAUCCAUAUAUAACUUUCUGUGUUCAUGACUUAUCUCAGAACUACCUCAGGGCUGAUACAGGAAUUAUUCUCCCUGAUCCAGAUCCAGAUACAGAUUCAGAAGAUGAUGAAAACAGUGAGAAUAAACCAGUGUCUGUAUCAGUGGUGGCUGCUGGUGCUGAAAUGGACAAUGGUUGGGAGGAGUCAGAAUAUGACAUGUAUUGUAAUGACGAUGACCUUCUGUAUGGAGAUGAUCCUUUAGAAAUGGAACGGUUUGAGUUUUCAUGAAUAAAGAUGAUCUUUUGUAUGGAGAUGAUCCUUUAGAAAUGGAACAGUUUGAGUUUUCAUGAAAGAAUAUGAAAGGUUUGAGAUUUCAUGAAUGACUUUUUCGCACAAAAACACAAAUGGAAUACCUACAAACAGAUCGAUGAUAGAAUUGACUUCUUUAGAUUAAAGUUGCAGUCUUCAGUGAAAAUUUUAGUGAGAGAAACUCUUAAAAUAAAAUUGAAUGCAGUUUAUGUAAAUGUUUCAAUUGAAUUUGAAAUUUAAAAACAAAAAGGCAAUUUAAAAGGAAUGUAGAACAUUACUAAGUUGGACAGAUAGUAAAAUCAUGUAUGAACCAUAGUCAUAAUUACUGGUAAAGAAUUUAAAGCUGUUUGAAAAUAUUAUCAAAAUGACUGCAGCACUGGUUAAAAUUCUUUAUAAAUAGGAACAUUGUGUCAUCAUCAAAACAUAAUCAUUAAACUUUGAAAAUGAGAGAGUUGUAGUUGAUAUCUGAAGAUCUUGUGAUUCUCUUCAAAUAAAAAUGCAAACAAAAUA